GUCGUUCUCAAGGACUGCAAGCCAAAAGAAAAGGUUUCAAUCGGAGAGGACGUACGUCAGGGGACUUGGACGAGAAAGGAAGUCAGGAGAAUGGACUUGGCUAUGGGCUUCUUCCAAGAUCCUGUCCUUCGUACAGACGUGGUGCUAUAUCUUCCAGCCUUCGGACAUUUGCAUUACCUGGUGCUGCUUGGCCUUCUGCUUCUGGCAUACUUCUCGGCGCUCAAGCACAACAGAUUAAGAUUCGUGAGCAGCAGCAGCAGCAAGGAUGAUUCGUGCUCGAAUAAGAAUUCGAAUUUGGCUGGGCUGACGCUGCCUCCGGGGCCAAUGCCGUGGCCCAUCGUCGGGAACCUGUUGCAGACGAGUCCGAUUCCUCACGAGAGAAUGCUGGCCAUGAACAAACGCUACGGUCCGCUCGUGUUUCUCAAGUUGGGACGAGUUCCAGCGGUCGUGACGGAUGAUCCAGCUAUCGUCAAGGCCAUUCUCAAGAACCAGGAUGCGGUUUUUGCGUCCCGGCCAGCCAGCAUCGCGUCGCAACACUUCACCUACGGUGGCAACGACAUCGCGUUCGCUCCUUAUGGAGCACAUUGGCGAGCCAUGCGCCGGAUUUGCACCCUGGAGCUCCUGGCUCCCAGAAGGCUCGAAUUGUUCAAGCAGGGACGAGAGGAAGAGAUUGCUCUCAUGGCUCGAGCGGUGUGGACGACGAGCAUAAGAAAAAGCAGCGACACCAGUCACGCGGAUACAACCAAGGCGAUCAACAGGACGGAUUCGAUCACCGAAAACAACAUAGUCGAGCUACGCCACCUGUUUGGUUCACUCGCGAGCAACAAUCUCGCUCGGAUGCUUCUGGGCAAACGAUUUUUCGGGCCUGGAGUCACCGGGCCUCGAGAUGGAAGCGAACACCGAUCUCUUAUCUACGAUGCCUUCGCGCUCGUCAACGCGUUCAACCUGGCCGACUACUUGCCUUUCCUGAGGUGGCUGGACGUGCAAGGCUACGAGAAAAAGAUCAAGGACAUAAUGAACAGAACGGAUAGACUGUACGAUGCCGUGAUCGAAGAACACCGCAGCAAAAGAACGAGCGCGGAGAAAGACGGUGAUUCCACCACCAACAAGUUCGUCGACGUGCUGCUGACGCAGAAAGGAUUGAGCCACACGGUGAUCAAGGCGAUUCUUGUGGACAUGGCAGCGGCAGGCACCGACACCACCUCCAUCACGAGCGAGUGGACAAUGGCCGAGCUGGUCCGCCACCCAGCGGUACUCUCCAAGGUCCGGGACGAGAUCGAGCGCGUGGUCGGGGGCCGGCACCGCGCGGUACGCGAGUCGGACCUCAAGCACCUCACGUACCUCCGUGCGGUGGUCAAGGAGGUCCUCCGCCUACACCCCGUCGGCGCCUUCCUCAUACCGCACGUCACGGUCCAGGACACGGAGCUGGCCGGCUACUUCAUCCCCAAGAACACCCGUGCGCUCAUCAACACGUACUCUCUGGGAAGAAACCCCGCGGUGUGGGACAACCCGCUCGAGUUCCGGCCAGAGAGGUUCUUGGGCGACGAGGAAUCUACCACGAGAAGCGAUCGAGAGGUCGAGGCGGCGGCGUCCUCGUCGCUGUUUGAUCCAGAGUACCGGAUGGUGCCGUUUGGAGCUGGGAGGAGAGGCUGCCCCGGCGCUGCUCUGGGGACAUGCAUGAUCAUGUAUGGAGUGUCCACUCUGGUGCACGGAUUCGAGUGGGCGACCCCGGACGGAGGAGAGAUCGACGUGAGCCCGGCGUAUAACAGUGUGAUUUUGGACAAGCCGCUCAAGCUCGUCCCAACGCCUCGGCUAGCCGAGCACGUCUACCACUGACCGCCUCCGUACGACACCGGGGGGCCACGUGCCGUACGCGUUUCAUCUGGAAGAGAGUGCUGCUUGGAGAAAAAACGUUGUUCUCGUCUAGAUCGUAAAUGGAGAAGCUCCUUUGGCAGCGUUUUUUAUUUUUAAA